AUGCAUAGUGAUAGAGUCGAUGGUCCAAACAAAUCCAUCAUCAUGGAUUCCGGAGACUUCAACUUCUCUACAAGCACUCUGCACGCCCUCAGUGGAAAACUGAAGCUCUCUCGAAGUCCACCAAUGUCACCAAGACCUAGCCGAAGGUCUCUGACACCCAGCAGUUCCACAAUAGUCCAAAACCAUUCACAAGUUUCUUCCUCAGUAACAAGUACCUCAAAUUCUGAAAUAUCAUCGCAGGAUUCGACAUCUUCGUCAGCAACUAGUAGCAACUCCGUUUCCAAUUCGCGCCAAAAUGCAGAUAUAUUUUUAUAUCCAGAAGAAGUUUUGACCCAAGAGCCUGAGGGAGUUGUAUAUAACGGUUACAAUAUGCCUCGAAUAGCAAGCUCGAAGAAAAUGGGGAAUCAAGAAAUUUCUAGUAAAAAUUUGAGACAAGUUUGUCAACAUUCAGCAGUUCAGGAUAAUGUUGUGAGGCAGGAUCCUACAGCGCCUCCUCUGCCGCCACGGAAAAGUGCAGCUGAAAUUUCUCUUCCUGCAGUGAAGGAACUGAAAAAUUCGAACAAAUCGAAUAUUACGUCUAGUUUAACGAAUUUGAAUGAUGCAGGUCAAUCUGCUGUACCGAACAUGCUGCAGUUGCCGCCUAAAACUUUGACGGGCAGUAAAAGUUCAGAAAACUUAUCGAAUCUUGAUCCUUUGACAAAGACUAAACAAGCGUCUUUGGAUUCUGAACAAGAUAUCAAAACCAAUGUGAAAUUGUUCUCUUUUGAUGUCCCCAAAACUAUUGCUCCACCUGUUCCUGUAACGGAGAGCAAAAUAGAAAAAUGUUUUAUAUCCUCAUCAAACGAAGUUAUUGUAGGACCUGCCGAGACUAUUAUAGGACUUAUAGACACGCGAACUCCUAACCAAAUAAAAUUAUUCAAUGGUAAAUCUGAAGAAACCAAUGGACAACAAAGUGCAAACAACUCACAAACCACAAAUUUGUACCACAUAAAAACUAGUUCUUCAAAUUCUCACAUCAGGCACCAGUCCUUACCCAUGGUAGCAGUUUUGACUCAGGCAACUUCAAAUGCACCUUCAAAAUCUCAAACUGUAUCAGAAAAAUUAGCUUACGAGAACGUUAAUGUUCAAUUAAAAUUUAAACAAAAUCCAUUAUGCAUGGCCAGUUGUAGUAAAGAUGAGGAUAUGAUGAAUGUGCCAUAUGAAAAUAUUAAUUUAGAAUACAUAGCAAAAUUAGUUUCCGAAGGUUAUUCGAAAGAAAACGUUAUUAGGGCUUUAGGUAUAUCAAGGAAUAACAUUGAAAUGGCUUGUGAUAUUCUGCACGAGUUUGCCUCGAAAAAUAGUUGUUCACAUUGA